UUGUGAGGCUCCUGGGCCCAGAACCAUGUCUUCGAGGGAGUCCUUUAACCCGGAAACUUACGAACUGGACAAAAGCUUCCGGCUAACCAGGUUCACUGAACUGAAGGGCACGGGAUGCAAAGUGCCCCAAGAUGUCCUGCAGAAACUGUUGGAAUCCUUACAGGAGAACCACUUCCAAGAAGAUGAACAGUUCCUGGGAGCCGUUAUGCCAAGACUUGGCAUUGGAAUGGAUACUUGCGUCAUUCCUUUGAGGCACGGUGGUCUUUCCUUGGUUCAAACCACGGAUUACAUUUAUCCUAUUGUAGACGACCCUUACAUGAUGGGCAGGAUAGCGUGUGCCAAUGUCCUCAGUGACCUGUAUGCAAUGGGGGUCACAGAGUGUGACAACAUGCUGAUGCUCCUUGGAGUCAGUAACAAAAUGACCGACAGGGAAAGGGAUAAAGUGAUGCCCCUGAUUAUACAGGGCUUUAAAGAUGCAGCAGAGGAAGCGGGAACAUCUGUGACAGGUGGCCAGACGGUACUGAACCCCUGGAUUGUCCUGGGCGGAGUCGCUACAACGGUCUGCCAACCCAACGAGUUCAUCAUGCCAGACAACGCAGUGCCUGGAGACGUGCUUGUGUUGACAAAACCCCUGGGGACACAAGUGGCCGUCGCUGUGCACCAGUGGCUGGACAUUCCUGAAAAAUGGAAUAAAAUUAAGCUAGUGGUCACCCAAGAAGACGUGGAGUUGGCAUACCAAGAAGCCAUGAUGAACAUGGCACGGCUCAACAGAACAGCUGCAGGACUUAUGCACACAUUCAACGCCCAUGCGGCCACUGACAUCACAGGUUUCGGGAUUUUGGGCCACGCACAGAACCUGGCUAAGCAACAGAGGAACGAGGUGUCGUUUGUGAUUCACAACCUUCCCGUGCUGGCAAAGAUGGCUGCUGUGAGCAAGGCCUGUGGAAAUAUGUUUGGCCUCAUGCAUGGGACCUGCCCAGAGACAUCAGGAGGCCUGCUCAUCUGCUUACCACGUGAGCAAGCGGCUCGGUUCUGUGCAGAGAUAAAGUCCCCCAAAUACGGUGAAGGUCACCAAGCGUGGAUUAUUGGGAUUGUAGAGAAGGGCAACCGCACGGCCAGGAUCAUAGACAAGCCCCGGAUCAUCGAAGUCGCACCACAGGUGGCCACUCAAAGCGUGAAUCCCACACCUGGUGCUACCUCCUAAUCUUAGACAGAGAUAGCCAUUUGGUUCUGUUUUUAAAUAGAUAUAAUUCCUUUAUCAUAACUUCAAUUAAAGACUACAGUGUAAGCAACAACAAAAAUCUCAUUGUGUCUACACAUCUGGUGACCUUAGGUCGGUUUGUGAGUGGAUGCAAUUCAUAAAAUGAAAUCCAUGGCCUUCUUUCCCUGUUACGUUAACUGAAGAUGCACCUGAUCUUGAGGCAGCUUCUGAGUUGAGGAUUAUAUUGUUAUCCAAUACUGUUGAUUCAUUUUGAAUCUUAGACACGUAUCUCUCGCCGCAUAGGCUCUUCCUAAAGGUGCUUUCCCACAGCACAGACAUUACCAAGAGUAAUGUCACAUAGCAGUCUGUGUCUUUCAUUCUGUGUGUAUUUAUCAUAGCAGUCUGGUCCUUUUUUUAAGUGUCUUGGAUGGUAUUCUGGAAAGACAGAAUUGGUAAGUGACACGCUGGUCUCCCGCAGUGUGAGCAUUGCAUGAUUCCUUUGCGUCUUUGAUUUGUAAGGCUGAGUCUGAUAAUUCAGGAGCAUCUCUGACCCAGGCAGGACAUUCUUCACUGAGUGUUCAGGUCAGCAAGGCAAGUGCUUCACUGCAUGGAAAGCACUUUGAAGACAACGAAGACUUUUCUUCUUUUGUAGCCUUUCUGGUAUUCACAGUAAUAUCAUUAACUGUUUUCUUUACUGAUAGCAAAAAAGAAUACUUUUUGCAAUGUAAUUAGAUAUCCUAUAGUACGAGGAAUUGCCUUCUGAUAAGGGGUUGGUUCAUGUAUAGUACUCAUUUACAAUUCAAUAUAUAAUUAACUACACAAAUUUUUAAGUAUAACCAGUAAUAAAGACUUCUGUGGACGGUAGUGUUUAAUACAUUCUCUAUUUUGUAUAGUGAUUUCAGCCUAAUAAUUAGCAUUGUUUUGCCCUUUGAGCCAGUACUUUUUUGUGCACGCUUGUUGUGAUCUGUGUUAAAAAUCUGCAUUGCCAACAUUGCAGCUCCGACUUAAAACUUGUUACCCAAAUAAAUAUUUAAUUUUUUAAUUGCUCUUGUAUAAUCAGAUGCCCCUUUUAGUAUUAUUUUAGAAGGGAGGGUUUUGCCUAAAGUACAAUUUAUUGGGGAAAACUAGAUUUUAGUUUUAUAAAACUUUUAAGUCUUUCAUGGGACCUAUAUUUUCUUGAAUUAAAUUUUGUAGUUCUAGAACAAAUAGGUGAUCUAAAAGGUGUUAUCUGUGUUACUUAAAAGACAGAGGCUUCCUUUUAUUUUAACCUUCCGAGCAGUCAGAGAUUCCCAUCGCUAAGCACAAAGGCACUGAACCCUCAAGUGACCGUCUACAGAGAAGAAAAACAGCGCCGUGACCCUGCAGUUUCGGGAUGCUUCCUGCUUACAGGCGCCAGAGCCACACAGCGCCCCUCACCCGCGCCACAGGGAACACCGCCCGCAGGACGACGGCCCCGGGAGGGAGAGCCGUCGGCACGUCCGUGACCCACAGGUGCUGCUGGACUGGGCCUCCAAUCUGGACGGCAGCACAGAGGGGCCGCUGCAGAACUGGCAUGAACUGGACAUUUCGUAGGAAUUUAUACAGAUACUGGUCCUCAAAAGCCACGCUCCAGUGGUCUGCAAAAUAAAAUGAGUUGGAAACCUCUGAGUAUGAGAAA